GAUGCAACAUUUUGUCAUUUUCAGAACCACCUGCCAAACCAAACUAAUCCUAACCAAGUUUUAUUUGUAAUUGGCAAAAGAUUGUUGAAAAUCAUGGAUGACGAUAUGAUUUUUGAUCCGUCUUUAAAGAAGAAGAAGAAAAAGAAGACUGGUUUUGAUAUGGAAGCAGCGAUGGCCGGUGAGCUGAGUGAAACCACGAGUGCAGACGUUCCUGCUGAAACGGGUGACGUCGACGUACCAGAAGACGAUAGCUUGGACUUAGAUAAUUUCGGAAAGAAGAAGAAGAAGAAAAAGAAGACUUUCUUUAAUCUAGAUGAAUUAGACAAUGCUUUACCUGAAGCAAAAGAUGAAAAACUACCUGCAGAGGAGCCUGAACAUCAAGACGAGGAGCUUAUAGAUGAUUUAGAUCUGGAUAUAGAUUUCACACGAACAAAGAAAAAGAAAAAGAAGAGAAAUUUAGAUGAGAUUGUUGGUGAAGAAGAUGUCAAAGCUGGAGAAGACCCUGAGAGAGAAGAGGACCAAAAUGGGGAAUGGCAUGGUAGCGAUCGUGAUUACACUUAUGAUGAACUUCUUGAGAGAGUCUUUGAUAUCAUGCGAGAAAAGAACCCCAGCAUGGUUUCUGGUAAAAAACAAAAGUUCAUAAUGCGUCCACCGCAGGUAGUUAGAAUUGGAACAAAGAAAACAUCAUUUGCUAAUUUCACAGAAAUAUGUAAAACAUUGCAUAGACAGCCUAAGCAUUUGUUAGACUUUCUGCUGGCAGAGUUAGGAACAAGUGGCUCUGUGGAUGGUAACAGCCAGCUAAUUAUUAAAGGACGUUUUCAGCAAAAACAAAUUGAGAAUGUCCUGCGUCGAUAUAUUAAGGAAUAUGUUACUUGCCAUACAUGUCGCUCACCUGAUACAAUCCUUCAAAAAGAUACUCGACUUUUCUUCCUUCAAUGUGAAACUUGUGGAUCCCGUUGCUCUGUUGCUAGUAUAAAAUCUGGUUUCCAGGCUGUUACUGGCAAGAGAGCAGCAAUUCGUGCAAAGACUGCAUAGAGUAUUAGUACAUAGUAAUAAUAAAAAUUUUAAAUCCAGGAUUUGGGGUACAUACAGUGGAUUUCUAUUAAUUUGACUGUCUAAAAUACUGUAUAGCAAAAUGUAUUUUUACUAACCCAUCAUGUAUGACUCUUGGUGCUUUAGUAUGUGUUCUUUACAUUUUUUAAACUAAGAUACAAUCACUUUAUGUUGUUAACUAGGGCAUAGUACAAUGUGUAAUUUAUUAGAUAUACUUUUUAAUAUGCUUGUCUCCUACUUUGUUAAUUUAUAAAUAUAUGUAUUGUUUUCAGUAUAUUAGUUAAUUUAUGAUCAAGAAAUUUGUUUAAAAAGGUAAUAGAAGUAUAAAGGCAAUAUGUUUAUAUGAAUCUUUAUCAGUCUAACCAUCCAUUGCUACUGAAUAUUGCUUUACUUGAUAUUUGAAAAUUGUUAAAUGAAAGCCUGAAUGUACCCCAUUGUAACUUAAAUAAUGUAUAGUUCUUCUGUAAUAUUCUCAUUGGUACACAAUGUUUU